AUGUCGUUUACAAUUGACCUGUCCAGUCAUGGAAAGGAGUUGAAAUCAUUAUAUGAUGCAAUUAUAUCUAGUGACCCAGAGGUGUCUUGGGCUGUGUUUAACUAUGGAGCAGGCGCAUCGAAUUCACUAAGACCCUCGGCUCAUGGCUCUGCCAAUGGAAAUUACCUGGCUGAUUUUGUUGAAGAAUUUGAUGAUGGUUUAGUCCAAUAUGGUUUUGCCAGAGUUGAUUACAAUAAUUUGACAAAAUUUGUGCUCGUUGGCUGGGUUGGAGAAGGAGUUCCUGAGAGAACCAAAGGCUACUUCAAUGCGCAUUACGCCACGGUUGCCAAAUAUUUCCAUGGCUACCAUGUUCAGAUUACAGCACGUUCAUCGGCUGAUUUGUCAUCCUCUAUUAUUCUUCAAAAAGUUGAUGCAGCAUCUGGCUCGAAGUAUUCCUCUAGCUCAGCUUCUAGAGGAGUUCCUUUAAGACCGAAGUAUGCUGCAGCUACUCAUGGCGCUGCUGAAGAGGAUUGGGGUGAUGCCCCUCCUACCACCAGCCAAGAAGCCCCAACUUUGACUAAGGUUCAAUCAGCUUAUAAGCCUACCAAGGUUGAUAUCGCUAGUUUGAAGAAACCUGCUGCUGCCCCACCAGUAGAGAAGUCACCAGACAAUUCAAUAUCGAACACGUCAUCUAAAAGAGCGAUAUUUGAAGAACCUCAAAGUUCAUACAAACCAAUUGGCAAGGUUGACAUUGCUGCUCUUCGUGCUGAAGCCAGAAAUUCCAAGUUCGGUGAUGAUAGACCCACUCCCUUGCAAAGCUCGUACCAGCCAAUUGGUAAGGUAGACAUUGCUGCCAUCAGAGCCCAAGCCAAUGCCAAUAAAAAAGAACUCGAAUCCAGACCAGAACCUUUACAAAGCUCAUACAAGCCUAUUGGCAAAGUGGACAUUGCCGCUAUAAAAGCACAAGCAAGUGCCAAUAAGAGGGAGAACGAUAGUGUUCCUACCCCAGAGCCAUCUGAGAGAGCAGUUUCAUCGAAUUAUGAGGAAGAACAAGAAGAUACUACUCCUAAACCUGUUAAGGAACGUAUGAGUGCAUUCUCUGGUUCGGGUAGACUGACAGAACUGCCCAAGCCUAAAGUCAACAAUUCUGUCAGCAGUAGAUUCCAGCCUGCUACAAGAGGAACGGCACCCUCCCUCCCGGUCGAUGCAUUUGGAAGACCAGUGUCAGCUCCAAAGGCCAAUGCAGGAUUCAAAGACUUUGGUAGCGAAGGUGGCAAGACACCUGCUCAAUUAUGGGCUGAAAAACAUGCUAAACAGACUGGCUCUACCAGUGCACCUGGUCCAUCUACGGCUGAACUCAUUGAAAAGGGUUCUAACUUGUCUUUGGAGGAUCACGAUGAGGCCGAGCCAGAGCCCGAAGCUGAAGAGGAGAAGGAGCCCGAGCAGCCUACCAGGUCCUUUGCUGAUUUGACCAGUAGAUUUGCCAAGUCAUCUUCCACAUCUCCUGCCCCGGUUCCUUUACCACCGCGUGAUCCAAUCCCCAGUGAGUCGAAUGUGGCUGUUGAAGAAACUCCCGAGCCCGAACGUGAGCCUUCUCCAAUCCCUAUCCCUAGAGCAGUUCCAUCUGUUCCAGUUCACGAUGAAACUGAAGUUAUUCGUCCUCCAGAGCUAACUGAAGGGUCGCCCUCUUUGCCUGCUAGGGAAGACAUUGGACGCGAAGAAUCAAUCGCAGCCGCUCUCUCAGAAGGUGCCCCUAUUGAGACAACCGAAGAGGUUGAAGCUCACAAUAAACCUCAACCGCUUUCCAGCGAAACAUUCACAGCUGUUGUUCUUUAUGACUACGAGAAGGAUGAAGCCAACGAACUCAGUCUUAAGGAAGGUGAGAUAAUUACAAAUAUCGAACAGGUUGAUCCCGACUGGUGGCAGGGAACUAACGAGGCGGGUGAAUCUGGGUUGUUUCCAUCCAACUAUGUUGAAAUCACUGAACCUGGGUCAUCUGCUCCCGUUCCUGUCAAAGAGCCUGUUGAGGACGGUCCUUCGGCGGUCGCAGAGUAUGAUUAUGAUGCCCUGGAAGAAGGUGAACUUAGCUUCCCUGAAGGUGGCAUUAUAACCGAUAUUGAGUUUGUCGACGAGGCAUGGUGGAUGGGUACCUACAAUGGAGAACGGGGUCUUCUUCCUGCCAACUACGUCAAGCUAAACGAGUAG